GCCUUUCAAGCGUAUCUGCUCUGGAAGCAGUGAAUUCCUCAGUCUCGUGCAGAUUCAGCCGUAGAAGUCCGCCUCUUGCCACACCUAACUUGCGUGCCUCCUCAGGCCGGUGUAAGCUGCGCGCGACCCCAGCGGCCUGCCCUAGUAUCGUUUACCCCGUCGGCUGCACGUGUCCGCCGUUGACGAGCCUUCCGCAAUCCGCGGCGAUGGCUGCGAUGGCGGACGGCAAGGGCGCGCAGUUCAACAUGCGCAACCCGGCGGUGAAGCGCAUCCUGCAGGAGGUGAAGGAGAUGCAGCGCGAGGGCAGCAAGGAGUACGCCAGCAUGCCGCUCGAGGAGGACAUAUUCGAGUGGCAGUUCGCGAUCCACGGCCCCAAGGACACGGAGUUUGAGGGCGGCAUCUACCACGGCCGCAUCACACUGCCCGCCGAGUACCCCUUCAAGCCGCCCUCCUUCAUGCUGCUCACUCCCAGCGGGCGCUUUGAGGUGCAGACGAAGAUCUGCCUGAGCAUCUCCAACCACCACCCGGAGCACUGGCAGCCAUCCUGGAGUGUGCGCACGGCUCUGGUGGCGCUGAUAGCCUUCAUGCCCACCAAGCCAGACGGCGCCCUGGGCUCACUGGACUACACCAAGGACGAGAGGCGCCAGCUCGCAAUCAAAUCCCGACUGGCGCCGCCCAAAUUCGGCAGCCCCGGGCGGCAGCAAGUAAUUGACCAGAUCCAUUCAGCCAUGCUGCAGACCGCUCCGCCUAUCCCUGCUACUCUGCAACCGGCUUCUUCUCCUGCACCCAUGGCUCCAGACACCCCUCAAGACCCACCGGCCACCCCUGCCUUGCCUCCUGCUGCUGACCCAUCUGCUGCUGCUUCUGACUCUGCUGCUUCAUCAGCCCCUGCCUCUUCCGCUGGGCUCCCUGUGGAGCAGCCUCAUGCCAGCUCGCCAUCCCCACAGCCAGCAGCAGCACAGGCAGGCGAGUCACCAUCCACCACCCUUGUUGAGCCUGCUACUGCUGGUGUGGCGUCGGGGCCAUCCUCCGGCUCAGAUGGCUUGAGUGAGAUUGGCACGGGGCUGCCUGGUUCCUCAUAUGGCAGCAUUUCCACUCCUCAGCUGGCACAGGCUGGGUGCACACCUGGUGAUGCAACACAGUCUGCUGCAGCUGCAGGCGCGUCAUCAGCACCACCUGCUGAUGUAGUUGCAGCUGCAGCAGGUGCAGCGUCAGCAGGGAGCCACUUGAAUGCUGUUGACCACCAUUCACUUGCUGAACCACUGUUGCCGCCACAACCACAAUCCAUGACAGAGUCACGGCCACCAAGAGGAGCAACAGCAGCAGCAGCAGCCCAUUCAGGUGCCGAAGCAAGAGCAGGAGGAGCAGUGGGAUCAGCGGCUGGGCAGACACAAACUCGUGUAGCAGAAGGACGGGGGCGAGGUGGCAGGGCAGCAGCCGGAGAGGACAGAGUGUUGAGCACCCUGGCAGCGGCAAUAGUGGUGGCCAUUAUGGCGCUGCUUCUGAGGAAGUUCUUGCGGGUCUAUUCUCCUCUGGAUGAAGCCAGCAUGGAAUGGUGAUGCUGACAUGUGAUGGAGUAGCUGCCUGCUAAAGCAGGAUGGGGGCAAUGGCUGUGCAGCCUAGGAAUUGGUUGAGUGCUUUUGUAUGUUUUCCAUGAAGGUGUGCAUACAAAGCUUCUACCUUACCGUAUGACUGUUUCUUCUAAUGUAUCGUGUUGGUGGAGGUUCACCAGGCUAGCUGAUUUGAAUGCCUGAUUGCGU